AUGAUGCCGACGUGGCCAACCCCCCCUGCCCCAGGCACCCAGCCAUCGGCCAGCUACACAGCUUCAUACUCUGCUCCUGCCUUCACCCCAGUUCAGGUCCGCCAGUCAUUCGGCCAGUCCUACUCCACCCCGCAACCUCCCUAUUCCGUCGCGCAUACUUACGGCCCUUCCCAUCCUCCCGCGCCGAGCGCAGCUAAUAUUGCAACGAAUGUGAACCCUGCGCCGCCUGUCGCCCAGGAGCAGGCCAAGACAAAAAUCGACUGGCCGGACUCGGUCCGCCGAUAUGUCCAGCGUGCCUUCAUCCCUGCAAACCUAGAUUCAAGCGUAACAAGGGCGGACAUGGAGGCCAAGCUGAAGGAGACGAUAACCCAGGCCAACGAGAAGAACAUCAUGAGCGCGCGCGAGCGUCGCUCCCCACUCCACUCCAAAUCGCAGGCUCAAGGCCCGACCCAGGCCCCUGGCACCAAAAAGAGGAAGUCUUGGGACUUGACCGACGCGGCAGCCGUCCAUUCAGCCUCUGCAAGUCCGCCUUGGCGGGCCGGGGCCGGGGCCGGUCGCCUUGAGGACCGCGUCACAUUUUCGCCCGACAGACGCCAGGGCGACGAGCUCCCUAAGCAUACCAGUAAGUUCAAUCGGGCGGACAAACGCCAGAAGCGCCACGAGGGAGAGUACACGACGUACCGUGAGGAUACGCCACCCCCGGGUGACGGUCCUGUCGUUGGCACUUGCCAAGAUCUAGAGAAGCGUUACCUUCGUUUGACUGCCGCCCCCAAACCGUCGCAAGUUCGCCCCCCUCACAUCCUGCGUCAGACGCUGGAGCUGCUGAAGAAGAGGUGGAAGAAGGAUCAGAACUAUUCGUACAUCUGCGAUCAGUUCAAAUCCAUGAGGCAGGAUCUCACGGUCCAGCGUAUCCGCGAUGAUUUCACGGUUGAGGUCUACGAAAUCCAUGCCCGGAUUGCCUUGGAGAAGGGGGAUCUCGGUGAGUAUAACCAGUGCCAAAGCCAGCUCAAGGGCUUGUAUAGGUUGGGUCUGAAGGGCAAGGCGAACGAGUUCAAGGCCUAUCGAAUCUUGUAUUACAUCCACACAGCAAACCGCACGGAGCUAAAUAACGCUCUGGCAGAUCUAACCGCAGCAGAGAAAAAGGACAAGGCCAUCAAGCACGCCCUCGAUGUGCGUUCUGCCCUCGCCUUGGGCAACUACCACCGCUUCUUCCAAUUAUACAAUGAGACCCCCAACAUGGGUGCCUAUCUCAUGGACAUGUUCGUCGGCCGGGAGCGCCUCGCUGCUCUGUGCAAUAUCUGCAAGGGUUACAAAAUGGACGUGCCUUUGCGCUUCGUGACCGAAGAGCUCUACUUUGAGUCUGACGUCGAAGCAGCGCAGUUCAUUCUCGACCACGAGGGCCAAGAUCUCCUCGAAGACCGCAGCGGUACUAUUCUGUUCUUGACUGGGAAGGCCGGUUCGCGGUUUGAAGGAGCGCGCGCCAAAGCCUUCUCCCGCGUCGACAUCAAGGGGCAAAUCUGA